AUUCGACGAUAAACAUUGCGACCUGACCUGCAGUACUUUCAGAGAGGCAAGGCACGUACGUGAGUGAGGACGAGUUGCGGCCACAGUCGUUGUUAUUUCUGCAAGAUAUCUUGACGCACGAACAUCAGAUGCCCACACUAUGGUGAAGCAUUACCCCGUUUCAAAAGGAGGAGACGCAAACCUGUCGCUCUGAUAUCGACCUCUAACAUCGGAAAGCCGUUAGCUUUGGCAGCUAACGCAAGCUAGCUAAGUUAGCUAGCUGUUACGUAUCCUCGUUUUUUUACCACACGCAACUGACCUCCACCACAACACAGGCGUACUGAGUUUAAUUUGUUUUAUAGGCUGGGGUCGUUAUUCUCCUGUGUCUUAACGUUCGCUCCCGUUGUCCCCGUGUGGUGUCCCGUGGACUGUUCCCGAAUAUGAUACAUAAUGAGUCAAAGAGAUACCUUGGUUCAUCUGUUUGCUGGAGGAUGUGGGGGCACGGUAGGAGCCAUACUGACUUGUCCACUGGAAGUAGUGAAGACCCGUCUGCAGUCAUCCUCCAUCACCCUCUAUGUGUCUGAGGUUCAGCUGAGUACGGUCAAUGGGGCUAGUGUGGCCCGCAUGUCUCCGCCAGGCCCCCUGCACUGCCUCAAGUUGAUAAUGGAGAAAGAAGGGCCUCGCUCUCUCUUCAGGGGUUUGGGGCCAAACUUGGUGGGUGUGGCACCAUCCAGAGCAAUUUAUUUUGCUGCUUACUCCACCGCCAAAGAGAAACUGAACGGUGUGUUGGAACCCGACUCCACGCAGGUGCACAUGGUGUCGGCUGGAAUGGCAGGUUUUACAGCCAUCACAGCAACCAAUCCAAUAUGGCUCAUAAAAACCCGUCUGCAGCUAGAUGCUAGGAAUCGAGGUGAGCGAAGGAUGAGUGCAUUUCAGUGCAUGCGGCGGGUGUAUCAGACAGAUGGCCUGCGCGGCUUUUACAGGGGUAUGUCGGCAUCCUAUGCCGGUAUCUCAGAGACUGUGAUCCACUUUGUGAUCUAUGAAAACAUCAAACGUCGCCUCUUAGAGGCCAAGGCACCGCAAAACAUGGACGAGGAAGAAGAGACGUCUAAAGAUGCUUCAGACUUUAUCGGGAUGAUGCUUGCUGCUGCCACCUCCAAGACCUGUGCCACAUCUAUUGCUUAUCCUCAUGAAGUGAUCCGCACCAGGCUACGUGAGGAGGGCACCAAGUAUAACUCCUUCUUCCAGACUCUGAAAACAGUGCCCAAAGAGGAGGGCUACCGCGCCCUGUACCGCGGCCUCACCACGCACCUGGUCCGACAGAUCCCCAACACCGCCAUCAUGAUGUGCACCUACGAGUUGGUUGUCUACCUCCUAAACGGUUAAAGUCUUGCUCCCCCCCACAUGUAGACAGUGUAUGUAACCCUGCCCCUGUUCAGAGACGGAGAAAAGAGGAGAGCCAACUGCACACCAGCCAGCACAUGAGCCUGCUUGCCAGAAGAGGACCGAGACCGCAGCAAGACCUUUAUCUCAAUGGCGCAAGUGGUUGUGGAAAAAUAAGUUAGGAGUAGUUUUAUAACCAAAGGUUCUGGCACAGGGACGAGGAUUGAGAAGUUCCUCACAUUGGUUUGGGGUUCUUGGGUUUAGCAAUGGCAAGAAAUGGUUGUCCAAUGUUUAUUUUUAUUCCAUCUUUUUCUCCCUUGGGUUACAUACUGUACAUUGUUUCUGGGAGCUCAUAUUCAGAGUGCUGAAGAAAGAGCUACAGUACAUUCUGCCUCUAACAAUACUAAUAAGAAAAGUACAGUAAUUCCAAUCCUUACCACCUAGUGGAUGUAAGACCCCCCUCCAGCAGAAGGCUUUUGCUGUCAUGCUGAUGGAAUAGUUUAAAAAAAUAUAUUUUAUUAGUAUCCUUAGAGGACCAGAAUACAACGAUGCCAGACUCUGAGGUGAGCCGAAGUAUCUGCCGGGGGGGCUUUCAAGUUGGCGAAGAAGAAAUCGUUGCUUGAGGCUGGUUGAGGUAGGAUUAAUAGAGGAAAAAGGGUGACGAUGGGCAGGGAGGUGAGUGGGAGACAGACGUGCCUUGCGUGAAGAUGUGGUGUAGACUUGAGAUGCACAAUGGCUGUAGGAGGAAGAGGCGCUCUGGUUGACCGGUCACAAACAAAGGUUAUAGAGAUGUAGAGUCGUACACUGGUAUUGUGUGAUUACAGGUGCCGUUAGUGAGAACCUUUUGCACAUUGUGACCGUAGACACACUCACCUAAACGUUGUCAGCAGUCCCAAAUACUGGCCGCGAUCUCAUAAUACAAUUGACAUGCAUUUACAGCUUUUUACACAGAAUAACUUCAUGGUUGAUUGCUGCUUGCUUAUAAUAAGCAAUGUAUACAUAUUCACAUUGAACUCUGUUACCUGUAUGUGGAAGAAGAGUAUUCACUAAGGUUAGAUGGCAGGUAAAAAGGCCCCAAACCAGAAUAUAAUUACUGUUCCAACUACUGGAAUGUAAAAAAAAAAAAACUGGAAGAAUAACUUCACUGAAGGCAA